GGACGGAAGGCCGAGCAGGCUGGGCGCCUUCGAGAAAACUUGACUACUUCAUGCCAUGGCCACUCAGAUGCAGUGUGAUGCAAGCAUCAAUAUAUCAACAGAAGAUGAAAGCUUUGGUCCUCAACCCAUUUCACGGCUAGAGCAAUGUGGCAUAAAUGCAAAUGAUGUGAAGAAGUUAGAAGAAGCUGGAUUUCACACAGUAGAAGCUGUUGCCUAUGCACCAAAGAAGGAAUUGCUCAAUAUUAAAGGCAUCAGUGAAGCUAAAGCAGAUAAAAUUCUGGCAGAAGCAGCAAAAUUGGUUCCAAUGGGUUUUACUACAGCAACAGAGUUUCAUCAACGGAGAUCAGAGAUCAUUCAGAUCACCACUGGAUCCAAAGAACUUGAUAAGCUCCUUCAAGGUGGAAUAGAAACUGGAUCUAUAACAGAGAUGUUUGGAGAAUUCCGCACAGGAAAGACUCAGUUGUGUCAUACGUUGGCAGUAACCUGUCAACUCCCUAUUGAUCGAGGUGGUGGUGAAGGGAAGUCUAUGUACAUUGACACAGAGGGCACUUUCCGUCCAGAACGUUUGCUUGCUGUGGCUGAGAGGUAUGGCUUAUCUGGUAGUGACGUGCUUGAUAAUGUGGCAUACGCUCGAGGAUUUAACACAGACCAUCAGACUCAGCUCCUUUACCAAGCAUCUGCUAUGAUGACUGAAUCAAGAUAUGCUUUGCUGAUAGUAGACAGUGCCACUGCCCUCUACAGGACAGAUUACUCUGGCCGGGGUGAACUGUCAGCCAGGCAGAUGCAUUUGGCUAGAUUUCUACGCAUGUUGCUUCGACUUGCAGAUGAGUUUGGUGUGGCUGUAGUGAUCACGAACCAGGUGGUAGCACAAGUAGAUGGAGCUGCAAUGUUUGCUGCAGAUCCCAAGAAACCUAUUGGGGGAAAUAUUAUUGCCCAUGCUUCAACAACCAGGCUGUAUUUGAGAAAAGGUCGAGGUGAAACUAGGAUAUGCAAAAUCUAUGAUUCACCUUGCCUCCCUGAAGCAGAAGCCAUGUUUGCUAUUAAUGCUGAUGGAGUAGGAGAUGCUAAAGACUGAAGAAUCCCAUCUGUUAAAUUUACAACAUGAGACUAGCCAGAAGAGGCUAUCCUUUUCAUAUGAUCCUCUUCCUUAUGUCUGCCCUACUAAAGCUUCUGUGACUGCCAGAGGAAGCUGUAAUAAGCUAAGCAAAACUUGAGGACUGUUUCUCCUGCUGACACAAAUCUCCUGACAUAUUUUACUGAGUUAGUUCUUCCAUUAUUUAAUGGAGUAUUGUGGUGACAACUCUGAGAAACAACCUUCGAAAAUGUAUGCAAAGCUGAUGGAUAUGUGUGAAACAUUAAACACUUCCUGAUUUUGUGAUUGAUGCCAAAAUAAAAUGGAACAAAUCUGUUCAGUAAAGGAGUUACAACACUAGUUGAUUAUCCUAAAAUUCAGACAGCUGCCAGUUCAGAUUAGAGGCUUUUUCUGUUGAAAUUGUAAGCAGAAAACAUUUCUAGGAACAGAAACUAGGAGUUGAAACUCAAUUUUUCUAAAUCUAUUUGCACAGCUGUAAAUCACAAUGUUUGCAUCAACCAGAAAGUCUAGGCAUUGUGCUGUGAUAAGCAAAAGCUGUAGACGUUUUUAUGACAGCAUUGUUCAGAUGUGUUCUGUAUAUUCUGCCUGUAAAUAUUUCUCAGACAAUUUGAUUUAAUUAAAGUUAAUCAUA